UUAUAUUUUUACAUCAGCAAAUUUACCUGCUCAAAGCCACCAUCUGAGAGACAACAGCAGAGUCAGGCUCCAGUUGUUACCGUCGGUUUGAGUCUAACAGCUCACAGUUUAUAAGACCCGAUAAUAUUUUUUAAAUUUAUUGUUGAUACAAUAAUGCGCGGGUGUAAUUUUAAUGGAUUUUAUUUCAUCAAAUUAUCAAUUUUUAUUUUUUUUUAUUAUUUAUGUUGUGUACAAAGUGAUCCAAUUACGGCAGUCGAAAGUAAUAAUUGUCAUGCAAUUAACAGAGAAAACACAUUAACACAGAGAGAAUUACUUCAGGAAUUGACAAAUGAUUGUCGGUACGAUAAGAUGGUAAGACCACCUGGUGAAAUCAAUGCAAGUGACCCAAUUAAAGUUGCCUGCAGGGCCAACAUAUAUACAAUAAAGUCAAAUAUGGCCAAGACACUACAAUUUGAUGUCCACAUGAUGCUCCAGUUUCGUUACCGCGACUCAAGACUCCGAUAUUCAGAGGUAGCGCCGCAGUACACUCAUAUUUUUGGGGGUCAGUCAGCUCAUAAUUUAAUAUGGACACCAACAGUAUUUGUGUCCAAUGAAAGAACUUCCGUAAUAAUGGGAAACGGCGUCAAAGAUUUGCUGAUAUCAAUCGACCCGACUGGUGUGGUCAUCUUAAACACCAGACUCGAGGCCACCUUGAACUGCGCUCUUCGCCUGGAAAAAUUUCCCUUCGACGUACAAGAAUGCCCGCUGAUAUUUGAAAGCUGGACUCACAGUGCGCAAGAUAUGAAAUUAUACUGGGAUGAAUCACCGAUCGUGUUAGCCAAAGAGUUGCAUUUAACAGAGUAUCGACUGGUUGGGAAAUGGGUUAACGAGACUGAGGUCUCUUACACUGCGGCACAGCAACAUUAUGGUCACUUUGCCGGUAACUUUAGUUCGAUUAGCAUCACGUUUAAGCUUGCACGUGAAAUGGGAUUUUUUGUUAUGGACUAUUAUAUACCAUCGGUAUUGAUUGUCGUGGUGUCAUGGGUGUCAUUCUGGCUUCACGUUGACGCGAGCCCGCCGAGAAUCGUUCUAGGAACUAACACAAUAUUAGCAUUCAUGACACUUGCGUCUAAAAUCGAAAACUCAUUGCCCAAAGUUUCCUACAUAAAAGCCAGCGAAAUUUGGUUUCUUGGUUGUACCAUUUUUCUUUUUGCAGCAAUGGUAGAAUUUGCCUUCGUCAAUACAAUUUACCGGAGAAAGAAAACAGUUCAAUUGAAAAAAGUUAACAGUAAAUAUAUUUUGAAAUCAACGUUAACCCCGCGUUUGGCGCGAAAACAAUUUCAAAAAAAUACGACGAAUCUUGAACGCUCGCGGUCUUGGUCUUCGCUGGAUAACAGCCGCUUAAAUGACAGUGAUUACUCCAGUCAAAAUUAUUUAACAGUCCACGGUUGUCCUAGUACAAUCAAUAUACCGUCGGUGAGAAUAGAAGACGAAAGAGAUCGUGACUUUUCAAGCGGCAGUAUAAUGACGAUUGAGAGUUCACCGUCCCCUCCACCAAAAUCAUUUCCACGGCGACCAACUCUCGCGAAAUUGAACACGUUCACAACAAUGACACCACAGGAAAUAGCUCAGUGGAUUGACCGGCGAAGCAGAAUUGUCUUUCCCGCAGCUUUUCUCAUAUUUAAUAUUCUCUACUGGUCAUUCAUCUGGAUUUAAAUAAAUUAUCAGCAAUAACUUUUAUAUAUUUUGUAAAGAAAGAAAUCACUCAUCUACCUUGACUAAAAAUUAUGCGUGUUUUGUAUAAUUAACAAGACAAAUCAAUGGUAAUUAAAUUAAUCUCACCAUCUGUGGUAUCACCUACAGAACAAUUAUUAUUAUAAUUUAUUAUUAAAUUAGGACACUGAUGAUUUGAUGAUUUAAUAUUAAUAAAAAUAAGUAUUGUACCUGUUUUCGAGCUUAUGAACUGGAAGCGUGUGUCCUUACAAGCGUUAACAUGAACAUGAACAUGAAUGUGUGAACAUAAACAUGUUCAAAUCUAUACUUUUUAGUUGCGUGUUUGAAUCUAAGAUACGAAUCUCCCUCGGUCAGUCUUUAUUUCCACAAUGAGAAUUUUUAUAUGAACUCUUACUGACCUAACAGCUCACUAAAAUAUAAUACGUAAUAAUAAAAAUAAAAAAAAAAAAACUUGGGGUGAAAUACUGAAGGUCGUCAUCUCGAGGCUAUCGAUCUCUACUUUAAUAAAAUUUUCGUGACUCACGCAACCCUUAUUUUUUCGUUCAUAUUUUCUUCCCCAAUACAAGACACUUUAAAUGGUGUCACUAAUUAUUAGGUAAUGUUAUUAUUUGACGAAUCUUUUUUCACCGCAAUUUUUAAAAAUAUAUAUGAAAAUACCAUAUGUACAGAUGUGUAUAAAAAAUAAAAAAGAUUGAAAGAUAAAA